AUGGUCCAACUUGUAGAAGUCGAAGACGAGCACUUCCAGCACCCCCAAGUCGGGACUGAGGAGGAGGACGAGGACUUUACUGACACCGACUCCGAAAUCUCCAACGAAUCCAACUACGACCCCUCAGACGAGACCCUCGCCGACCGCCUAGCCGCCCUGCGCGAUAUCGUACCCGCCACCGCCCGCGGCUGGAUCCACCACAAGUACGACGCCACCACAUCCGCCGUGUGGACGGCGCUCUCCUUCGCCGGCCGCGCCGCCUGGACGGUCUCGGUCAGCGCCCUGCUCGUCGGCGUGCCCUUCGCCCUGGCGUUUGGCGAGGACCAGAACUUUGCGGCCAUGGAGCAGGAGCAACGGAUGCGUGAGUUGGGCGGGGAGGUUUUGGGCGGUGGUGGUGCGGCGCCGGGGACGGAUGGGAAGGGGAUGUCGGCUGAGGAGCUGAGUGCUGCGUUGGGUGGGGGGAAGGCGGAGGCGAAGGCGGCUCUUUGA